UAUAUGGUAUGUAUAUAUAUCUAUAUAUAUACACACAUACAUAUUUAAUCCAAUAAUAUUUUAACUUUUACAAUUAUGUAUAAAUCUUUUGAAAUAUGAAACUGUGAAGAUUGCUCUUCAUUAAUUUAGAUGAUACAAGAGAUCAAAAAACAUUAUAAAUAACAUUUAGAAAAUAUUUUCUAAUAUUUCUGAUAUUUUUUGUAUGUUCCUUACACGUAUCUUGAAUUAUAGCGUUAUUUGCGCUUAGAUUGGAUUGUGCAAAUCGAAAACGCUAUUAAUUUCUCUCUCAUCCAUCAUUUUGAAGAGGCAAAGGGACACUAAACACUCCUUUUGUAAAGCGAUAGGGUUGAUCCGGAGGAUGACUCCGCGCUGGACGCUUCCGCAAAAGCUCACGUGCAUUUUACGUGCGUGAGCUUGACAGUCGGCCCUUUUUAGAUCUUGGGCAACUGCCAUCGGAUCGCGAUCGCGCCCAACUGCAAUAUUUUAUAUUCCGUCGCCUAUAUGAGAGUAUGCCGUGCGUUUCGAUUCAGUCGCGACCAGUUCGUCAUCGACGUGCGCCAAGUGCGCACCCACGCGAUAAUGUCUCCCUUCGAUAUAUCUCGAAUCGCGAUCCCCACUUGUUUCCAUUGAUGAGUUUUCGGCUCGUGAUUUUCGGCGAGACCGCUUCGCGAUUCUCGUAACCGAUCGCCGUGGAAAUCGCAGGAAUUUUUUAGCUGUUUGAUCAUUAUAUCUAAAGAUUGAGCUAACAUUCGUUUGCAGUUGCUAACAGAGAAACGAUCCUCCGACAAUAAGUUAUUUCGAAAUGGCUAGUGCUUGGAACGGAUUAUCCUAUGUUAGGAUACGAGCCCAUUUCGGUACAAUAGCCGGUCCAUCUUAAGUUAGAAAUUACUUAGGUGAGACAUGUAUGUGUUUGGUAGGCGAAAAUUUCUGGAAGUAUGAGUAACAACGUGCUCGCGAGUACAUCGUUCAUAAAAAGAAAUUGGUACGGUGUUCUUGAAUGGAUAAAAGAUGACGGUCUCUUAUCAGUAUGAGGUCGCCAGUUCCACCAGCGGUGGAUUCACCAGGCUUCUGUUUAUGUGGCGUGGUUCCCUGUACAAGCUCAUCUACAGGGAACUGCUACUUUAUCUGCUUCUCUUCGGCGCCUUGUCCGCACUUUAUCGCCAUGCUUUUAAUAACGCACAAAAACGAGAAUUCGAGCAAGUUGUUAUUUACUGCGACACCUUGAUCAAAUUAAUCCCGCUGAGUUUCGUGCUCGGGUUUUACGUAUCUUAUGUGGCGCAGAGAUGGUGGAAGCAAUACAAGGCAAUACCAUGGCCUGACAAGGUAAUGCAUCUCGUGGCUCUCUACGUCAGCGGAAAUGACGAGUACAGUCGGAUGCUGCGCAGGGCGCUCAUGCGUUACCUAAACCUCUCCCUGAUACUCGUCCUACGUUCCAUCAGUUCGGCGGUGAAGAGACGAUUCCCCACUCUUGAUCACGUCGUUGAUUCUGGUUUCAUGACCACGUUGGAGCUCGAAUUGUACCAAUCGGUGCCGAGCAGCGAAUUUAACACCUAUUGGAUACCGUGUACAUGGUUCGUUAAUCUUCUCAAGGAGGCACGCAAGACUCACAGGCUACCUGACGCGCAAGGUUUAAAGCUAAUAAUGGAGGAAUUCAGCGAGUUCCGGACAAAAUGCGGUCUCCUGUGGAGUUACGACUGGGUGUCGAUUCCAUUGGUGUACACCCAGGUGGUGACGCUUGCUACUUAUAGCUUCUUUGCGGUCGCCUUGAUCGGCCGACAAUACAUUGACGGUGUCGAAAAGCAAUUCCAAUUAAAGAUAGAUAAAUACGUGCCCAUCUUCACGAUUCUGCAAUUUUUUUUCUUUAUGGGGCUGUUGAAGGUAGCCGAACAGCUGAUAAAUCCCUUCGGAGAUGAUGAUGAGGAUUUUGAGCUGAACUGGCUGAUCGAUCGUCAUAUAAAGGUAUCGUAUCUUGGAGUGGAUACGCUGAUGAACCGUUGUCCGCCGCUCGUCAAGGACAUUUAUUACGACUCCGAAAAUAUAAGCCUGCCAUAUACGGAAGCGGCUGCGUCGUACAAGAAGAAAACCUAUCGCGGUAGCGUAGCGAAUAUGACAGUACCUGAAGAAAAACAAAUGAUGUUCCUGCCAGAAAUUUUGGAAGAAGAGGAGGAAUGUAAGAGUAUUCCGACACCUCGCACUUCCACCGCCAGUUUAGCGAAUCCAAGCGAAAGUCCGAUGAACGAAAGGCGCCAGAUCAGCGGGUCCCCUGCAACACCUGCGAAGAUGGCUGGCAAUUGUUCCGAAACGGUUGUGCAGCUGGAUGGGCAAGAGCAACCGGUCGAAGUGGAGCAUCGACACGUCAUAAUCGAGGCCGUCAGGAAAUUCUCCGCCCUGGCGAAGGGUUCAGCGUCUCGCGCCGGGAAAUCCUUCUUCCCGUCCAAGCCAGUAAUGCAUCCUUGGCCGAGCACGACGAAUAUCUCGCAUCCCGCACAUACGUCGAUCCAGGCGCCGAUUUCCAUGCCGAUCGUCCUCGAAGCGGCUAGUCCCUGGAGGAAGGACUCGUUCAAAAGUUUCCGUCAAUCUUCCAUGGAGGAUUCCGAGGGACGACGAUCGAGCAUCUCGUCACAGAGCGACAGAAAUCAAGGCGUCGUAAAUUCAGCGUUCACCGAGGAGAAGCUGCAUGACGUGUCGGAUAUCUAUGACUGCGACAACGCGGAGGAAGAAUACGAUAACUCCGGUCCUCCGCAUCAGCGUGAAGACUCCUGCCAGCAUCUACCGAUUCCAGAAGCGAUUGAUAUGCCUGUAAUUGGGGGCGAACCGAGUCGUUCGAGUAGUUCAAAAUACCUGAUGAUGAAGACAGACCAAUCGACCAGCGAUUCCAAGAAGAAAAAAGGCAUCCAAUGGCCGAAAUUAUCCGGUAAAUCGUUAAAGUUCCGCAGAAGAACCACCGAUAACAUACCCGCGAUAAGCACAAUGAUGGAUCAAACCAGGAGCUCGCCGAACUUGAGUAAUCUAGAAGAGCGGAAGUCUGUGCAAAAUGUCAAAAUUGAUCCUUCUUACAAGCAAGAAAACGAUUCCAAGCUGUGAAUGAUGUAGUGCGAGUAAUAUGGGUUGGAGUUUCAAUGAAAUUUCUGCAAAAUUUAUCCUUAAAUUUGUGUGAAUCUCUUGAAGACAGAAAUUUUGCUAAUGAGAUUCUCUCUCUCUCUCUCUAAGGGAUCUUUCAAUGUAAAAAUUGAACAUUAUCCUCUUUUCUCUCUCUUUCUUUCUUUUCCUCUCUUUUCAUCUUAUUAUGAAAUUUAAUAAAGUUGUGACAUUUUUUGUACGACUUUAAAACAAUCUUAAAAUUAUCUUGUUAAAGAUUGAUAGUGCUGUGAAAAAACUAUAUAAAAUUAUGUUUAUUCUGAACGAUUUUCAAUUAUUAUUCAUAGAAUUAUCUGAAAUAGAAUAAUGUGCAUGCAAAGUAAUGUAUUAUCAUUAUG